AGCCCCGCCCACCGGUGAUGCUGCUGCUGGCCGUCAACCGGACAGUCAAAUAUAAUAAUUUGUGGUCCACUGCGGCUUGAGUGAUAUUACAUUCUUAUAAACUAGCAUCCGUUUUCUAUCCGCAUUCGACAGUUUGUUCCUCUCCUGCAGACGUUUUUGCGCAAUCACCCCUUCCGCUUUUGAGGCAGUCGGAGCUUUUGAAGCGCUCCAGCAACAUAAGAACGAAUCGAAAGGUUACAGUAACAGAGCUGAAGGACUAUCGCGUAAAACCACCGGCAACGGCUCGGAAAGCGCGUAGAUAUAGAUUGCCAUGACAGACUGUGGCGGGGAUGCGAAGCUGGAGGUGAAACAGGCCAGCAAAGAGUUUAAAGAGAGCGAAAACGUUGCAGAGAAAUACUCCGCGAUGACAGGCACGAAGAACAGCGACGUGAACAUGAACGUCGGCGAGCUGUCCGCCGCAUUCACUGCGGUCCCGACCCACAAAUCCAUGAAAAAGCAGAUUCAGUUUGCCAACCAAGAGGAAAAACAGGAGUUCAGCAAGUUCCCUACAAAGACCGGCCGUCGCUCCCUGUCCCGCUCCAUCUCUCAGUCCUCCACAGACAGCUACAGCUCAGCGGCCUCAUACACUGACAGUUCGGAUGAUGAGACGUCUCCUCGUGAGAAAAGCCAGGUCAACUCAAAGGGCAGCAGCGACUUCUGCGUCAAGAACAUCAAGCAGGCCGAGUUUGGACGGCGGGAGAUCGAGAUCGCUGAGCAAGAUAUGUCUGCGCUUAUUUCCCUGCGGAAGCGAGCUCAGGGGGAGAAACCCCUUGCUGGGGCUAAAGUGGUUGGAUGCACUCACAUCACUGCACAGACAGCAGUCCUGAUCGAGACACUUGUGGCACUGGGUGCUCAGUGUCGCUGGACUGCCUGUAACAUUUACUCCACUCAGAAUGAAGUGGCCGCAGCUUUGGCAGAGAGCGGUGUUUCGGUUUUUGCCUGGAAAGGUGAAUCAGAAGAUGACUUCUGGUGGUGCAUUGAUCGCUGUGUCAACAUGGAAGGCUGGCAGGCAAAUAUGAUCCUAGAUGAUGGGGGCGAUCUGACCCACUGGGUGUAUAAGAAGUAUCCAAGUGUCUUUAAGAAAGUACGUGGGAUCGUGGAGGAGAGCGUUACAGGUGUACACAGGCUGUACCAACUCUCCAAAGCUGGUAAGCUUUGCGUCCCCGCUAUGAAUGUCAAUGAUUCUGUCACUAAGCAGAAGUUUGAUAAUCUGUACUGCUGCAGGGAGUCCAUCUUGGAUGGUCUGAAGAGAACGACAGAUGUGAUGUUUGGUGGGAAGCAGGUGGUGGUUUGUGGUUAUGGAGAGGUGGGAAAAGGUUGUUGUUCAGCUCUGAAAGCGCUUGGAGCCAUUGUGUGUGUGACAGAGAUUGACCCUAUUUGUGCUCUUCAAGCUUGUAUGGACGGCUUCAAAGUGGUGAAGCUAAAUGAGGUGGUUCGCCAAAUGGACAUGGUUAUCACCUGCACGGGGAACAAAAAUGUUGUGACCAGGGAGCACUUGGAUCGAAUGAAGAUCGGCUGUAUUGUCUGUAACAUGGGCCAUUCCAACACUGAGAUUGAUGUGGCGAGUCUGAGGACUCCAGAGCUCACCUGGGAAAGGGUGCGCUCACAGGUCGACCACGUCAUCUGGCCUGACGGGAAACGAGUGAUUUUACUGGCAGAGGGCCGGCUCUUGAACCUGAGCUGCUCAACAGUCCCCUCAUUUGUGCUAUCAAUCACAGCCACAACCCAGGCUUUGGCCCUGAUAGAGCUGUAUAAUGCACCAGAAGGUCGCUACAAACAGGAUGUCUACCUGCUUCCCAAGAAGAUGGAUGAAUAUGUGGCCAGCUUGCACCUACCCAAUUUCGAUGCUCAUCUUACAGAGCUGUCAGAUGAACAGGCCAAAUAUAUGGGCCUGAAUAAGAACGGACCCUUUAAACCAAAUUACUACAGGUACUAGUGUGACUGGAUGGAUUCAGCCUUCAUCAAAGAUGGAGAGACCUGCAUUAACCAGUGAAGCAAGAGAUUU